GCGAGGACCAGUUACUUUUCUGUUUACGCAGUAGUCAGUUUUUGCGUAGGGAGCAGCCGCUGCCUUUGUUUUUCAUAAAAUCUGUUGGAGCUCGCCAGUAUUUCGGAAAUUAUACACGUUUCAAAUCUGGACACCCGGCACUGGCGGCAGGGGAACCUCGUUUCUCGAGAGACGACGGCGUAUCGUGUCAAGAAGGACAGUUUUUCCUUCCUGCAAAAGGUUACGCUUUCCUCAUUCUUCUGCCGCAAAAUCAUUUGACACUUUCCCACUGGCCGUAGGCUGUUCUGGAGGGUUCGCGUUUUCAGCGGAGUUCCUGUCGGUCGUGGUGCGAUAUCUGCACGGGAAGCCCCUGUGGUUUCUCUAAAUCCGGUUCGGAGAGAAACGGCCGCAAAAGGCGAAGACAAGAAUCGAGGAACAGCAAAGACCCGGCGCAAAUCCGGAAUAGGGUGCGUAGAGCACAACGCGUCGCGAACCUAAACGCGUUUCUGUGUGCCACCCGCUGAAAGUCAGUGACUUGUGUCGAUUUCUUGCUUGGGUCUUGCGAAAUGGAUGUAAACACACAGAUUCAUUUAUAUAAGUAUUUAAUUACACCUUCUUCAAGGUGUGAGGGAGGUGAUUGCCACGUGUCUUUAUCCGCCUGCUGUUCCCAGAUGUUUUGUCGGUGACGCCUUUUCUCGUCGACAUUUGGCCUGUCGGCCACCGACUCCGGAAACGCGUUCUUCACUCCCCGUUCUCUGUUCCAGUCUUCACUGGCGGCAAGAGUUUUUUGUGUCGGUGACACGCGGUAACUUCCCUGAAAACGCUGGCCUCCGUGCUCGUGUUUCGUCCGUGGGAUUUCCCCUUCGUUCCGAUUUCGAGCUUCCCCCACUGGGCACAAGCACUGCGUGUAUUUAUUUGCUUUUCCCUCCGCCCGCCUCUGACAGAGGUCUUGAUUCGUGUUGAUGGGAGCACAAUUGCCCGAAUAUCCAGUCCAGUGCUCUGCCGUGGGCACUGAAACUGAUCCACAAUUCAACAGGCUUUUUCCUCUGCCUUCUAUCGCGCGAUUCUCACAGCCGAACUUUGAGAAUGAUGGUUCCCAGGUCUUUGCAUCGAUGCAUCGACUGCGCGGCUCCGCUUUUCGUCGUUCAUGACGCGGUCCCACCCGCUUGCCUUUUGCCGGAGGAGUGCUCUGCACACGGCUUCCCCGGAGAGACUCCGCGUGAAACGCGCCGUCUGUCCUCCAGCUCUUCGUCGUCGCCAGCUGCUUCCGGGACGUCCGUGUCACAGAUCGCGCUUGGCAUGCCGGCGGCGUUUUCUGUUGCCGCGAACUCGGAAGACCGAAACGAAGGGGGGGACUCGGUUAAAGUUCCGCCGCACGCGCCCCAGUUGACUUCAGCGAGUUCAGGUGUACCGACACCGCACGCGGAGCCGCGCGACACCGCGCAAGUGCAGACGCCGGAGGCAGUAUCCGGCUUUUCACGCGCUCCAGUUUCGCUGUCGUCGCCGCGUGCGCCGAGCGGCGAGUCGGCCAGCUCUCCGUCUUUGCAAGAUUCUUUCGUUCUCCUCUCUCCGUUGCCCGGCACUCUGGCGCCGGCCGUGGGACAUCGCGAAGAGGCUGUUUCUGCAUCCUCACCUGUUGCUGCCACGGCACACUCUGCGGACGGUUCUGUUGGUCCCUCUGCUUUCUCGCAGGCGCUUGCGCCAGAGGGGCUUUCGAGGCACUCUUCCGAAGAAACGCACCGCCAGAGGUUCGUCGCGCGACUUGCAGAGGGAGAGAACUGGACGCAGUUCGUUCUCGACGACGCGGCUCUGUGUUCAAAAUGCUUCUCGUCCGCCGUUGACCAGCUGGAGAAGCAGCUGGAGGACGAGCGGGCGCUGCUGCGCCAGUACACGCGGGCACUGGAGAGGCUGAAGAAGCUCCGUCGGGCCGAAGCGGCGAGACGCUGCAGGCAAGAGCGACGCGAGCGUGUGGACAAAGGUCAGGCGCUUUCUCAGCUCGACUCGCGUGGAGGAAGAAAAGGCGAGGAGACGAACACAGCGGACGCGCCGUCGACCCGCGGAAACGACUGCGGGUCUUCCUGUGUUCAGGAGGAUGAAAGGACCGCUCUCGACACGACGGAGCAGAGUCCGCUGCGUGGAGACCAAGGAGACCACGAACAGGUGGGCAGGAACGACACCCCGCAAGAGGGUCGGCUGCGUCUCGCCGAGGACCUCCGCGCUGCGCAGCAAGAGUACGAGGAAGCUGAAGACGAGGAGGAAAGGCUCCUCGAAGAACUGCUCAGUCUCAAUCUCCUGCAGCGUGAGCUCUGGCACCUCUCGUCUGCGCGUCAGGGACAAAUCGCACGGCACGAAGAGGCAACGGCAGCUAUGCUUCGUCAGCGGGAAUAUGUGACUGGACAGCUGGAGAGACUGAAACGGUUGAAUGUGAUGAACGACGCAUUUCACAUCUGGACGGACAGUGCGCUGCCGUCUAUCAACUCGUGCCGCAUCGGCCGAGUUUCUUCGCCGGCGACUCCAAGCUGGGCAGAGAUCAACAGCGGCUGGGGUCACAUGUGCCUUCUUCUAGAUGUUCUUUUUCGCAAGGUCUACGUACACCCAACUCACUAUCGGCUGGUGCCGCGCGGUCCAUUCUCCUGUUUAAUCAGGAGGAAAGACGACAUCGUUUUGCCGCUUCAAGGUGGGGGCAAGGAAACUGGACUUAGUCGAUUUUUCUACAGAAAUCGUCACUUUGACGAGGCCACAGUCGCGUUUUUGGAAUGCGUUCAGGAGCUGCACGAAGCGCUCGUACACUUCGCCCGCCAGCCCUGGCCGCCGUAUGCGUCUCCAGGUGUCCAGACUCCGUGGGAACCUCCUGACCUUCCUUUCGCGAUCGAGGGCGACCGCGUCGGGGGCCUCUCCAUUCGGCUGCACUUGAGUCAGGACGAGCGAUGGACAAAGGCGGUGAAGUAUCUGCUCAUCGAUCUGAAGUGGCUGCUUAGUUACGUCGAGAAAGUUUGCGUCGUUUGCCCGCCUGCCUCCUAGAGAGUGUUCUGGAUCGAGACCAUUCGACAGAGGGUUUCCACGCACUGAGAGGCGUAGUUGUCUGGACAGGUGUGAUACUGACACGCGAUGUGAAAAGGCAGUUUAGAACACUAAGACCUCCCGCGAACUGUAGCAAACACAGGUGAGGAAGGGUCGUCAAGACUCCAUCGAAAAGGGGUGUGAUGACGAAGCGAAGACUCAAAGCACUGCAGAACGCUUAAAAGAACGGUGAAAGGCGAAUCGGCCUCCGGCAGGGUCGAGGAUCGAGACGAAACGGGCACCAGCAUCUCGUUCUCUAUUGUGCUCCAAAGAGCACACGCGCAUGCAUUCUGCGUAAGAGGUGCCAGUGUCGUUCAUAGAACUCGGUGGCACUGUUGUAGGAUAUCACCUUUUGCCAAAUGGUGUGUUGCCAGUGGUUUAUACGGAUCGUACGGGACCGUCCUAUUGACGGCGAUUCUUGCACAUUUCGUCCAUUCUGUGGCAAGGCCCCGCUUCGCUAGCUCCUGGUUAUAUUACCCAGAAGGAAAACCGACUUUGUUACCUUUUUUUCUUCUGUGGUAAUGACGGAUGCUAAGUGCCAAACACACUGAAUUGGCUUAAUGUUUCUACAGUUGGCUUUGAUUUGACAAACUUAAUCUGACAACGCCGUUUCAGUCAUCAGGUUCGAACCA